UGUGUUUUUCGGAUGUGAUGAUGGCAAUAAAGGACCCUGCGGACCGUUUUUUUUUGUACCAGACGAUCUUUUGGGUGCACUGCUGGAAUAGACAUGACCUCUGACGGGUAGACGAGCACAGUUUUCCUCGACUGAUUUUUACAUUUUAGAUAUUGACGAGACUUCCAUAACAAACUCUUCACAUUUUAAAUUGCUGAGGCACCUUUUUUGGCUGUAAUUGUUUACAAGGCCUUGGGCCUCAUUGGUCUAAAAGCAAUGGUACUUAUUCUGGGCAGAAGACUGAACCGGGAGGACUCUGGAGUCCGUGAUUCCCCAGCAGUCAAGCGAAAGGUUCUGGAGAUGGACAACAAGUCCCUCAGCAAUCACGAUGUGUUUGAUUUCUCCUCCGGCCCGUGCCACUCUGAGAGCAUUCUGCAGAUGUUUAAUGAGUUUCGUGAUGGCCGACUCUUCACAGAUGUGGUGAUCAGCGUGGAGGGUCGUGAGUUCCCGUGUCACCGUGCCGUGUUGUCAGCUUGCAGUAGUUACUUCCGUGCAAUGUUCUGCAAUGACCACCGGGAGAGCCGUGAAAUGUUAGUGGAGAUCAACGGCAUCCGUGCUGAAGCCAUGGACACCUUCCUGCAGUACGUCUACACCGGACGUGCCCGCAUCACUACAGAUAAUGUUCAGUUCCUCUUUGAGACCUCCAGCCUCUUCCAGAUCGGCACUCUACGUGAUGCCUGUGCCAAGUUCUUGGAAGAUCAACUUGAUCCCUGCAACUGCCUGGGCAUCCAGCGUUUCGCCGACGCACACUCCCUCAAGCAACUGGCCAGCCGCUGCCGCUCUUACGCGCUGCAGAGCUUUACAGAUGUGGCCCAGCAUGAAGAAUUCUUGGACUUGCGUAAAGAGGAACUGGAGGAGUACAUUGCUAGUGACGAGCUAGUCAUUGGAAAGGAGGAGACAGUGUUUGAAGCAGUGAUGCGUUGGGUGUACAACGACAUGGACCACCGCCGAAUCAUGCUUCGAGACCUUCUCACCCACGUCCGCCUGCCCCUGCUGCAUCCGAAUUAUUUCGUGCAGACGGUAGAAGGUGACCAGUUGAUCCAAAAUGCACCAGAGUGCUACCAGCUUCUGCAUGAGGCAAGACGCUAUCAUGUCUUGGGCAAUGAGAUGAUGUCACCCAGAACACGUCCACGCAGGUCUACUGGAUUCUCAGAAGUCAUUGUGGUAGUUGGAGGGUGCGAGAGGAUGGGGGGUUUCAACCUGCCGUAUACCGAAUGCUAUGAUCCUGUAACCGGGGAAUGGAAAUCCUUGGCCAAACUCCCAGAGUUCACCAAGUCAGAAUAUGCUGUGUGUGCCCUCAGGAAUGACAUUCUGGUCUCAGGUGGUAGAAUCAACAGCAGGGAUGUCUGGAUGUAUAAUUCCCAGCUCAACAUCUGGAUCAGGGUUGCCUCCUUGAACAAGGGCCGCUGGAGACACAAAAUGGCAGUUUUGUUGGGAAAGGUGUAUGCGGUUGGUGGAUAUGACGGUCAAUCACGACUAAGCAGCGUCGAAUGCUACGACUCUUUCUCAAACCGCUGGACCGAGGUGGCACCCAUGAAGGAGGCUGUCAGCUCGCCAGCCGUCACCAGCUGUGUCAGCAAGCUGUUUGUGAUUGGAGGAGGACCUGAUGACAACACAUGCUCAGAUAAGGUUCAGUGCUAUGACCCAGAGUCUGACUCCUGGUUGCUAAGGGCCAACAUCCCCAUUGCUAAGCGCUGCAUCACAGCGGUAUCUUUGAACAAUCUCAUCUAUGUUUCUGGAGGUCUGACCAAAUCCAUAUACUGCUACGAUCCUACUGAAGAUUACUGGAUGCAUGUAGUCCACACAUUCAGCAAGCAGGAAAGUUGCGGUAUGUCGGUAUGUAACGGAAAGAUCUUUAUCCUGGGUGGCCGUGGUGAAAACGGAGAGGCUUCAGACACCAUCCUGUGCUAUGACCCGUCCACUGGUAUCAUCACAGGCGUGGCCGCCAUGCCCCGCCCCAUUUCUUACCACGGCUGCGUCACCAUCCAUCGCUACAAUGAGAAGUUCUACCAUUCAUGACAUUAAAAUGCCCACUCACACAGGGACAUGAACAAACUGAGCCUUACUAAAGAUAGCGUAGCAUUGCUAUAGAUAAGGUGAGUCCCAAACCCCUCAGUUCAAAAGCUUUGAGACCAGUCAGUUAAACUGACAGUUACACAAUAACUAAUUUCAGUGUACAGUAUAAACAUUCUAUCAUUCAUUCACCCUCACAUCAUUACAAACCCAUAUGACUUUUCUUAAAAAAAAAAAAAAGAUGAUAUUUUAGCCAAAACAAAAUUAGACCCCAACUGACUUUCAUUGUGACAUUUGUUAUCUAUCUUCUACCAGCCUGAUUGACAGAUACAGACUGUGUAUGGAUUUGCAUAUUUCCAAUCCGUUACCCAAAUACUUCUAAACUGAUUGACAGUGAAUUAUAGCUGGUCUCUGAUCUCUCAUCCUCACUUUGUUGUUCCCGUUGAUUAAGCGUCUUUAUUUGUGAUUUGUUUCUUCCACUACAUUACUAUUAUUGCAUUGUAUUCUAAUGUAUGGUGGUAGUGGUUGUUUUGAGUGGGUGGGUGAAUGGUGUGAUUAUUUGUGUCUGGUGGAUGGAGUGUUCGAUUGUGAUGGAUCCAUGUGUAUACUGUAUAAGUGUGUUUGAAAAGAUUCAGCUGGAUGUGUGUGCGUGAUAGACUGAGAAUAUGCAGGAACCACUUUUUUGUUGAGCUCCCAUUUCUAAUGGUGAAUAGUUCACAAAAAAGUCCAUCAGGCACCGGAAAUUGUUUCUUUUAAUAUUUCUUUACAUAUGUAUGUAUUUGGGUGACGUUAAUUGUAUUUAGAAGUAGAAAUAGUGGCUAUCAUGACAUUUAACAAAACGUGUUUGCUCUUUUAGUAAUGAAAUCUAUAUGGAGCAUUACUAUGUUGAUUAACCUCUGCAUUAUUAUUGCGUAUCAUUUAGCAACAUGCUUUUUUGUAUAUCACAUAGAAUACAAGCAGUGAUGUCUUAGUUUACAGAUUACCUGUUUAUAAGUGAAUCAUAUUAUGUUCUUUCACUUUUAAGUUAUUUAUUCUUUAUAGAAAUCCGAAAGCCCCAACCAGGCACUUAAGUCAGUAUAUUGCAGUGUCCCAGAUGUAUAUAUGAAUUUGUUGAUCUUUCUUCAGGUUUACUGUAUCAGUAAGUGUUUGGAAUGGUGAAGCAUCAGGUCAAAUGGCCAGUUCACUUUCUCCGCUCCCAUAAAACUCUUCCUUUUUUGUUCUCACAAUAAUCUGAGCUCAGUAUUUGUGUGUACAGUGCAGUGACGUAGCAGCAAAAUGUUGUGUGCUUGUGCGCUGGGGAUUCCAAGAGCAGUGAUGUCAACUCUGUUUUCUGCUUUUGGUUAGCAAGAUUCGUUUAGUGUAGCUGCAAGAACAGAACAAUAGAGGACACACAUUGUUCAUUUUACCCUGAGAAUUAUACUGUGUAACUGCAAGACCCUGCACACAUACAAUAUGCACAUAACACCGCAUGGCUUUUCUAUAACCUUUUUGAGUGUAGCUUUUUGGUGUGUAGUUUUGUGACCGCACUGUAUGUUUGUGUAAAUAAAUGGGGUGAGUUUGGUAUCUAUAUAGGCUUGUUUUUUCUGAUAACU